AUUUCAGUCUAAUUGGCUGUAAUAUCUUUAGUGUGUUCGUAACUUUACUCUACCAACUUCAAGUCCAGACGGCGGUUCACUUUUGGUGGAACCUGAUUUACACUUAAGUGUAAAGAUUCUAACCUGUGGACGUUAGUGCAAUUCAUUAACGAUCUACAAACAGUCUUUUGUUAUGACGUGUAAUCAGCACGUCUUGAUCAAUAGUCAGGAGGAUUUGGCAGAAGACGUCCUUAGUAAUAUAAAGGAGACUAAUUACCGCGUGUAUCGAACCAGAUGGGUAGUCGUCUUUACAUUCGCUUCACUGAGCUGUACAAAUGCUUACUUAUGGAUAUCCUAUCUGCCUAUUGCCAACUACUUUAUUGAGUUUUACUCAACAAGUAACGUAGUCCUCAACCUUAUUUCCCUAAUUUACCCUUUGACUACUAUAAUACUUGGCCUCCCAACAGCUUAUGGUAUAGAUAGUUUCGGAGUUCGUUUCAUUGUACUGUGUACGGCCGUGUGUAAUUUGAUGUGUGGGUGCCUGCGCGUUUUGAGUAGUGCACCACAAAUAAAUGUUUCAUCCUCUGGACGUCUGAUUUUGGUAGUAUUUGGACAGAUAAUCGCUUCCUUUGCUCAACCAUUUUGCUUGUUCUGCACGACCAGUCUUGCGUGUGAUUGGUUCCCAGACAAUCAACGUACCAUCGCAAAUACUAUUGCAUCACUUGGAAAUUCAGUAGGCAUAUUACUGGGCAGUGCAUUUGCUCCUAACUAUGUCAAGAAUUCUUCCGACAUCGUUAGUUUUAAUUACAUAUCCUUGGGAUUAGUUGCUCUUCAGUUCUUCCUAUCGAUACUUCUAGUCCGCAGAAGUAAACCAAUUACACCGCCUUCGUAUGUAGCGGCAUUGUCUACAAUCAACCUUCAAGUAAAUGCAAACAGACGUUUCCUCUCGCUUCACUCUAUAUGCAACUUUUUGAAAGCUUAUGUCCCACCCCUUAAGCUCUAUGGAUUUUGGAUUAUUACUCUUACCUUCAGUAGCUGUAUCGGAUACUUUACUGUUUUAUCAGCUCUUCUACAACAAAUUCUCUGCACGAAAGGCUACUCCAACCAGUUUUCUGGGUUUUGUGGAUCAAUCACAAUAAUUGCGGGCUUAAUAGCAGCUGGUCCCGUUGCAUUUUUUGUGGAUAGAACGGGAUUCCUGAUUGAAACAUUAAAGGUCACAUUUUCACUAAGCGUUUUGGGCACUGUCUGCCUUGGCAUUGUAUUAUGGUUCCCUAACCAGCAAAUUCUGAUCACCAUUUGUUUAAUUUGGCUUGGAGCAUUUGGUUUCUCUCAGUAUUCUUUGUGUUUAGAACUAGCUGCAGAGGCGACUUAUCCAGUUUCUGAGGCAAUUACAACCAGUUUUCUUUUCAUAUCAACUCAAAUAAUUUCUCUUGUAAUGUUACCGGUUCUGCAGUUUACUGCACCCUUAGCUAAAAAUUCAACUAACAUUAUCAAUACAUGCGGUCCUAAUGAAGAUAUCCGGAAAAACUUAGACAUAAAUCUGCAUCCUGUAUUACUGAUGUAAAUCAAUGACCGAAUACGGAUUUAUGUGCAAUUGACUCUGCAACAUAUGUCUUCUUUAUGAGUUGAAAGGCUGCCAAAACUCAAAUAGGUGGAACCUGGUACAUAAGAUCCAAGUUCUUCAGUCACUUAAAGGAUAUUAUUCUCAUUUACAGUGGCCUUUAUUUGCUAAAUCGGAAAAACUCAAGCCAUACAAUUUUUUUGCAUUUUGAACUAUGAUCAUGGUUGAUGAUCAACAAAAUGUUGUAGUGCAAAUCCUUCCUCUUGCUUACGUAAGUAACUUACACAAAUUUCCAAAAUAUUUUAUUAUAACAAGUUAAAUUCAAUUAUCAACCAUAGAAUGAUAAAUAUAUCGAGAUAGAUUAGAACAGUGUGAUUAUUAUAAUCACGUUUCGCUAACAUUUCUUUUCAGAGUGCUUUCUUUUGUUUCAAACUAACUCAUUAAAUCUAACAAAAAAUUCAUAGGCACCAGCUUGUUUUUGAGUGCAUUCGCUUUACUUUUCUGUUUAUGAUAUAUUUAAUAUAUUUCCAAUGUCGGUUUUAUCCACAAUCUGUCAUAUACAUAUGAAAAUAUGAGAAUAUCGUAUCUCAGUAACAUUUAUACAUUUCAUGUAAUAAUGAUUGGAUGUUCUUUCGCAUGCUAUUUGUAGUAUAAUCAUAUCAGUUGCUUUGUGCCUGCGAAAAAAAUAGAUGAUGUUUACUGUUAGACUAUUGCUAGACAUAUUGUAACUACUAGGGAAUAUUACUAUUUCUUAAGAAAGACCUAUGUUUAUCAAUUAUUGGAU